CCAUCUCCAUCUCCCUCUCCCUCCCCCUCCACCCCGACCAUAUCCAGAUCUCGGCCAAUGGAGCCACUUGUCUUUCGGGCCGUGUCUGCCCUGCCCGAGGACCGGGGGCUGGCCCGAUGCAGGUUCUCCAAGGGCAGCCUCCCAGAGGAUCUGCUUGCGAGCUCGGUGAAUGCAUGGGUCCAAGUCGCAACUCCCUCGCAAACUGUGUACUGCAGAUGGUGGCCGCUCCCGUCGCUCGCCUUGACAUCGGCAUCGGCAUCAGCAUCGGCAUCGACAUCGAUAUGGGAUCGGUCCAUCUGUCGCAUCGACAAACACAUCUGCCGCCAUCAUGCCUCAGCAUCUGCCGAGGAACUGGCUCUGGAUCAGUGUGCUGUUCGCUUCAUCCAGCCUCACCAGAUCGAGCCAGCCAAGGCCAUCGUCGUCCAGGUCAACCAGACGCAGGUUGACUUUCUGAGCGAUCUCGGGUUCGACUAUGCCCAGGCCGACGUCUAUACCAAGAAAGCGACGCUUCGAAGGCUGCUCUCGGAUACGAUCUUCACGGAGGGAUGUGUCUUGGGCGAAGAAAGUCCUGGUCACUCGCUCCGGAUCGAGAUACGCAGCACAACGCCUCCGAACAGCAUCGUUGCGCUCGGCGCUGCAACCAGGAUUGAGAUCCUGGCCUCUCCGUCUCAGGCCUCGACGGACACAGCCCCCAGCACCGAUUCGAUCGAGCAUCUGACCGAGCAGUUGGAGCAGCUCACGAUGUCGGGAUCGAGGACAGCUCUGGCACAAGGACCGCCACCGGGGCUCGAAAAGCCGUUUGCGGACCUGGUCGAAGUUGUGACGAUUCCGCUCAAGCACUCGGGCCUUGUGGAGACGCUGGGAAUCGAUUGUCCCAAAGGUAUCCUGCUCUAUGGCCCUCCCGGUGUCGGCAAGACACUUUUGGUUCGGAGGGCAGCCGAGGCAUGCAAUGCUCGGAUGAUCUCCAUCCAUGGACCCGAGGUCUACAGCGCAUAUCACGGAGAGAGCGAAGAGCGCCUGCGAUCGACUUUUGGCGAAGCGCAGGAACUGGCCAAGAGCCAGAGCCAGCCCGUCAUCAUCUUUAUCGACGAGAUUGACUCGUUGACGCCGAAUCGAAACGAUGCGGGGCUUCAAGAGGCUCGUGUUGUUGCCCAGCUGCUGACAUUGAUGGAUGGAAUGAAGCACCGAGGUCGCAUUGUCGUCAUUGCGGCCACGAACCGCCCCAACACUAUCGAUCCGGCACUGCGACGGCCGGGCAGAUUUGACCGCGAAAUCUCGAUCGAGGUGCCCUCCGAGUCGGCUCGGUUAGCUAUAUUUCGGACCUACAGCGAGGGGCUCCCUCUGGUCCCCGAGGUUGACUUUGGUCUCUUGGCGGCGCGGACAAACGGUUUUGUCGGGGCCGACAUUGCAGCACUGUGUCGUGAAGUUGCUAUCCUCGUGGCCGAGAGAGGGUGCGCCAGUCCAGCGAGUAUGGCUACCUUACCGACGACGACAACGACGACUACGACGACGACGACGACGAAUCCACCAAGGAUCACGCAGCGGGAUUUCGAGUCGGUUUUGGGACAAUUCAAGCCUUCGAUCAUCCGCAGUGUCACGCGCACCCUCGAAAAGCUCACCUGGGACGACGUGGGCGGCCUGGCACAGAUCAAGAGCAAGCUGGUCCAGGCGGUCGAGUGGCCACUGAAGCACCGAGAGUCGUUUGUCCGUCUGGGACUGCGGCCUCCCCGGGGCGUGCUGCUCUAUGGCCCGCCGGGAUGCAGCAAGACCACCCUGGUCAAGAUCAUAGCGGCGACAAGCGGGUCGACGUUCAUAUCGGUCAACGGAGCCGAGUUGUACUCGGCCUUUGUCGGCGACUCGGAGCGAACCAUUCGCGAAGCCUUCCAGAAGGCCCGGGCGAGUGUGCCGUCGGUGGUGUUCUUUGACGAAAUCGACACGAUUGUUGGCAACCGGGGUCUAGGAUCCAAAGGCGGCAGUGCUGAUGUCGUCCAGGAGCGAGUGCUCUCAACCCUGCUCAACGAGAUGGAUGGUAUCGAGCUGGCCAAAGGAGUACUGGUUGUGGGAGCGACCAACCGCCCGGACAAUGUCGACGCGGCUCUGAUGCGGCCGGGGCGAUUCGAUCAUGUCCUCUAUGUCCCGCCGCCCGAUGGGUCGUCGCGCACGGAGAUCCUCGAGAUCUUCACACGCCGAUCGCCGCUCUCGGCGAAUGUCUCCCUCGCGGCGCUGGCGCAGCAGACGGACCGGUAUACGGGUGCUGACCUCAAGGGCGUUUGCCGAGAGGCAGCGCUGGCCUGUCUGCGCGAGCACAGUCAAAUCGGGAGCCUGGAGAACGCCAACGCCCAGGCCGGAGGUCUUUGCGAGAUCGACAUGAAGCACUUUGUCGAUGCCCUGGAGGUGGUCAAGCCGUCGCUGUCGGACGAGAUGCUUGCGCAGUACCAGGCAUUUGCAGCCAAGUUCGGACACAGUUGACCCAGGGGAAACGCUGCAGCCCGGCGUGUGGCUUGGCAGCAUGGCUGGCGCACGUGCGCGGAUGAUGCUGUCUCGCACAAGCGAUCACGACAUCGCACAGGCGACACGUUUCUGUCCAGCGGCGCGGCCGGCUGUGGCUCCUGGGUGCGCGGGGGCCAUGGCCACCAAGCCUGGGGGACGCGAGUGAGAAGCAGCACAACCGGCGGUGCGGUGCGUAUUGGGUGUCUCGAGUGUAUUGGGUGUUGCGAUUGUCUUGGGU